AUGUGCAAGUUUCAAAGAAACACUGUGACAAUAUUUUUGGAGGAGGAAAAAAUCUUUUGCAGAAAAGUUUAAUUUUCUACAAUAAAAUUAUAAUAAAAUGUCACCAUGUGUGUCCAAGUGCGUGUCCAAUCUAGCUGCCUACACCUUUUUCGCACGUUGUCAUUCAGCUGAUACGUGCGGAACCAACGGAUUGCCCCUAACACCAAACUCCAUCUCAAUCUUCGGGCUGGCACAGUUUCUAAAGAGCAUAAACCACCCCAAUUUAUGUGAUUUCAUUGAGAUAAUUCGCGGGAAGCAUGAACGCACGAUAAUAGUCUCGGAAUAUGUUGGAGAACCUCUAACCGAGAGACUUCCGGUAUCUUACAACACUUCCCUGCAGAUAUUUAAACAAAUUGUGGCUGGAUUGGAUCACAUACAUAAGCAGGGAUUUGUCCAUCACAAUUUGGAACCGGAGAAUAUUCUUGUGGAUUCGGAGAAUCGAGUGAAACUCUUCAAUUAUGGGCUGUUUUAUAUUACAAAUAGCGGGAGUUAUGUAUCAUUUCCGAUUGGGAAUGUGAGGUAUAUGUCUCCGGAGAGGCUUCUGGGUGGGAAGAAUAAUAUUAAGAGUGAUGUUUGGAGUGUAGGGAUCAUAAUGGUUGAACUCAUUUUUCAAGUAACUUUAUGGGGUAAUUUGAAGAUAGCUCAGAUUGUCCGGAAGGUACUCAGUCUGUGCAAUACGAAAAAUGUUCUUGAAAAAAUUGCUCGAGAACACAAGUUUUAUGACAAAUACCAAGAAUUGGAUGAGACACUGAUAGGUUUGUUGGAAUCUUGCCUGGCUAUUUCGGUGAAAGAACGCGUGCUGCCUGAGGAAAUUCUCAAAUGUGCAAUUUUUGAGGAUAUUCCGGGAUAUAGGGAAAGGGAGAAGUCUAGCAAUUUGUUGCUGAGGUGUCCUCUUAAGCAAAUCUAUUACCUGUGGCAGUUGGCCGGUGGCGAUGUUCAGAGUGAGCUUAAGAAAGAAGGUCUCAUACGGACAGAAGCUCCGAUUCUCUUGAUGCCGAGUGUAAUUCUGCUCAAUGGGCGAAUCUGUGGCUCUCCCAGGAGUCAGAGUCACUUGUUCGAUAACCGAAUUGUCCAUUUGAGUUUGGCGAAUCUCACUGAGCGUUUGUCUAAAAUUAACAAACUCGCCUACUAUCCUUUAAUUCACACUGAUACGUCCCAUUUGAGCUUUUAUAAGCAAAUUAAGGACAAGGAGGAAUAUCUGCCAUUGGUGAUUCGGGAAAAGGAUACUGAGUAUCAAUUCCAUCGGGUUGUUUUGUUCAAGAGACUCCUGAUGGGAUAUCCCUUCACCAGGGAUCUCAUUGUGCAGGAAGCACAGAAGGAUAUCCCACCAUUUCUUCGUGGUGAAGUCUGGGCAUGUCUCCUGGGUGUCCUGGAUAAUACCGGGUGCUAUGAGAAGAUCGACAAAGUCACUCCCACUUCCACAGAUCGACAAAUUGAAGUGGACAUUCCCCGGUGUCACCAGUACGAUGAACUUCUCUCCUCUCCAGUUGGCCAUCGGAAGCUCAAGAGGCUCCUCAAGGCCUGGGUGACAUCCCAUCAGCUUCUCUAUGUCUAUUGGCAGGGCUUAGACUCACUCACAGCGCCCUUUCUCUAUCUCAAUUUCAACAAUGAGGAAAAAGCCUUCCUCAGCCUCUACAGAUUCAUCCCAAAGUAUCUCCACUGGUUCUUCCUCAAGGACAAUUCGGCUGUGAUCAAGGAGUACUUGAGCAAGUUCUCCCAACUCACCACAUUCCACGAGCCACAGUUGGCCAAGCACCUUGCCACAAUCAACUUUAUUCCAGAAUUAUUUGCCAUCCCCUGGUUCCUCACCAUGUUCUCCCAUGUCUUUCCCCUCCACAAGAUCAUCCAUCUCUGGGACAAGCUCAUGCUUGGUGACCAUUCAUAUCCACUCUUCAUUGGGAUCUCUGUCCUCAAGCAACUCAAGAAUACUCUCCUCUCAUCCGGCUUCAAUGAAUGCAUCCUCCUCUUCUCUGACCUCCCUGACAUUGUCAUGGAAACCUGCGUGAUUGACUCACAGAAACUCUACACCUCUACCCCCAAAAGCCUAGCCUACCGGAAGCACGUUCUCCAUGAACAAGAACCAUCUCAAUUUGACAUUCAGGACAUUGAACUUGAAGAUCUCAAGAGAGAAAUGUGCCCCCGGAUAAGUACCAAUGAUCUCGUUGAGCUACAUCUCAGCUCUCCGGAUCGCCUAACUGUCAUCGACCUGAGGAAUUCAACAGACUUCCGAAGGGCUCACCUAGCCAAUAGUCUCAACAUCCCUUUCACAUCAGUUCUUCUGGGAGACACUCGACUCAGUGCCCUCGGAAUCCCAAAUCUGGAAACAAUGCUCAAUAAUCGCGUUGUGGUCAUUGUGAGCUUAGUCCAUGAAAAUGCAAUUCUGUUUUCAAAUUUUCUCGUGGAUUGUGGCGUCAGUGGAGUAUGUAUCCUCCACCGAGGUUUCAACGUUUUGCACUCAUUCUGCCCAAAUGUACUGGAGACAUCGCAAUGAGUUUGACUCUCCCCUAAACAGUCCCAUGCCAAAAUCAAUGAAACAUUGUUUUACAUUUUCAAAAAAUAAAUUUUCCUGCAAUUCAAAUUAAAAAAUAAA